AUGUAUACGAAGAUCUUAGCAUUCGCUGCCCUGAUAGCAAGUACAAAAGCUGGUCUGCUGCCGGCUACUGCGAUAUCCGCCCACGGUUUAGCACUUGGACCUGCUCUGGGGCCAGCCCUAAGUUCCUUAGGUCAUGCCAUCGCAGCACCAGCCCUAGCACCGGCUAUUUCAGCCUAUGGACCCGCCAUACCAGCCUAUGGGUCCGCCAUACCAGCCUAUGGGCCUGCGUUAGCCGCCCCCGCCCUUCUCAAAGCACCUCUAGGUCCAGUUGUUAAGGCUGCACCAUCUGUCGACUACGUGGCAUAUCCCAAGUACGAAUUUAAAUACGGCGUAGCCGACGGCCACACCGGAGACCAGAAGACUCAAUCGGAAAUCCGCGACGGCGACGUGGUCAAAGGCCAGUACUCCCUGGUGGAACCGGACGGAACCGUCAGAACCGUCACCUACACCGCCGACGACCACAACGGCUUCAACGCCGUGGUAACCAGAGCCGGCCACGCCGUGCACCCAUCGGUCGCAGUGGCCCCCAAAGUCCUGGCGGCUCCGGCUUUGGCGCCCCAACUCCUGGCCUCGCCCCUGGGCCACGGCUUGGCCGGUCCCCUGGCCUACGGGGGGCUGCUCAAGGGCUAAAAACGACCGCCUCCGCCAGCAUCGCCGGAGAAGUUUCGACACAAACCAGCUUUGUGGCGGAGCUUCUUGGCUGCAAAUGAUGCAACCGAUCAGGGACCUUAAAAACUUGGUUGGGUCGUUUGUGUUAUGGUGAACGACUUUUUUAUGUCUUCGUUAAUUAAAAAAACUUGUUCAUUAUAAGAUGUCGGAUGUCUGUGAAUGUUCGUGGAUGACUGCUUGCCAGGAAGAUGCGUGCUCUUAUUUAUUUACCCUUGAUGUCUUCUCUUGAGCAGUCGGACACAGACCGCCAUGCCGAAAUGAUGCGCCCCUAUUGUUUUUUUGAUGAAUGAUCUGUCCUAUGCUUCUUUAUUGUGUUACUUAUGUAUAUAUCAUAUUCUAGUUCUAUGUCAUGCAGUAUUGUU